AUGGGCCCAGAUUAUAUAACAGAUCAUCUACCUAAGAUUCAUCAGCACUCUUCCUACAUAGGCGAAAAGCGUCCAGUCGCUGAGAAAACUGGAGAUCUCAGAUAUUUAUGUAGGCCUGACCCAUGUAGAGGCUUACCAGCAAAAUACAGACACAACUAUGUUGGUGAAAUUGGCUGGGGAAUACCAGAAUACAGUUUUAUCAACAAAUCAAAUCUUGAAACUGGCUUUCACAUCAAGUAUGGAGAACUAAUGCAUGCUAGUACUGAUAAAUUAACCCACAGAUAUCAGAAUCCAUGGCAACCAAAACCUUAUAUUAUGGAUAUGCAAGGAAGAUAUAGCCGUGGUUCUUUUGCCUGGCAGCUUGGUGAUUUUGAGAACACCAAUAAAAGAAAUUCCAAGUGGACUAUCCUUGUUAGACAGAGUAAAUCAUCGGCACCAAGGGCUUCCAUACCAUCUAAGCUGCCAAAGAUAUCUUAUAAAGACCAGGUAUGA